UCCCACAUUUGUUUUUUGAAAAUACCACAUUUUUUUUUUAACUUCCACUACUGGUCUCUCCGGCUCUAUUUACGUGCUUGCAUUCCACCGUCGCGCACCGCCGUCGCUGUUCACGUCGCCUGCCAAUGCUCGCCUAGUCCGGUCUCAUUUCGCGGUGCCUCCGACAAGCUAUCCCAGUCCGCAACCAAAAACAACGUAUUUUUCGCCGCGUUCGACAACUCUAAUUGCCACUUGCCAGCCACAAUCAACACUUCACUUGUAGCCUGUAGGUAUAUAAUGACAAUGAGUUUUGAUCGGUGAAGCGCUUGCGGUGGUGAUUUUUCCGAAACAAGGCAUGAAAAACGUACCCACGGGAAGAUCCAUGGUUAAGAGAAAGACACCGUUAGAACUUAGGGGAGAGCAGUUGAAGCGAGCAAGUCUCAAGGACCUUACUAAUGAAUCGACACCCCCGCUGGCUAGUUCUACAAAUGCCACUGAGGGGCGUCGUGGAUUUAAGAAACAAGGAUCGUUCGAGACUCCUAGAUACACUGAUACACAACUCGAUGAAGUAUUUGCUGCGAAAAAGUCAAGGUUUAGAGUUGCAUCCGGAAAGGAAAAUGCAAAGGAAAAUCCAUGUUUGGGGAAAACUAGUAAUCUGAAAAAUCUGCUUGGUUUUUCUACUUUGGAUGCUAAGAGACAGCAAGGAGCUACAUGCUUGACAAAUUCUGUUGCUUCCAGUGAGGUGAGAAAAGUUGGUCUAUUGCAAGCUUGUCAAACAAAUGAAAAUUGCAGCCAAGGCAAGUUUCUUAGUGUUGCUGAGAUUUCAUCUGUUGCUGAUAGAUCUUCUGGCUUGGCUGCAUCUAUUGACAUGGGCAAAGCACUUAGAGGACUAGCCGCACUUGAACCACGGGUUGAUAAUGGCUUAGCUGAUGAUUCAUCUGAAAGACGUGGAGAUUUGAAAUCAACCGUCAAAGGAAGUUUCUUCUCUGAAUGUCAUGUACCCGGUCAGAAGGCCCCUUUGGAUCUUACUCUAAAAACCAAUAUGAGAAUAGUUUCUUCCUCUUCAGUAAAUUGGUCAGCUAUGCGUGGUACCAUGAGAGGGUCCAAUGGCUUCAAAGAUUUGCAUUCAUGGAUGUAUCCCCAAUCUGUUCUUCCACCUUCUCUCAUAUUAGUGUUGAGCCAAUCAACUGUUGAUGGAGAAUUGGAGUUCUUAAGAAAACGACAAGUAGCUUGGGAAGAAUCCUUUCGAGACCUCUAUUACAUGCUUCGGAAUAACAUCUGUGGCCUCUUUUAUGUUUGCACUUCCCAGUUUGUGGUGAUGUUUACCGGUGGUGAUAGCUCGAGGAGAUCAAAAUGCUCUAUCAAUGCUUAUAUCUCUCGGUCAACCAUGGGUUUAAGAUCAUUGUUAAAAGAGCAUGAUCUUUGUUUCUAUAUGCCUCUCUGCCAUUCGAAAGUGGAGCUAGUUGCUACUGAGUCUCUGGCUGAGCUGUUAGAGAUAGAGAAGCAAAACUUAGGACAGACCCGACGGUCAAGGUCAUUUUCUGAUAUUGAUAAUAGCCCGGAAUCUUUGUUGGUUUUCAGUGGCAACAACAAUGUACAUGGUUUAUAUGACCUCUUACUUAAUUAUAGAAUUCUCUGGACCUCACUGUCUGGUGUGGAUGUACCUGUCUUGUGCUCUCCCGUGCCCUUUCAAAAUUCUGCUUUGUCUUCUCCUGAUAUUAAAUGCAUGGAGACAAGAAGAGCUGAACAUUUUGCUGCUUCUUGUAACAAGUCUAUUUGGAAAGAUGGUGAGUCUGCACCGAGAUCACCAGAUGGCCUUUGUUAUAGCAUUGAAAUUAAGGAUGCGCUUCUUCCACCUUGGAUUAUUUGUAGCAUAUGUGCAUUGAUGAGCUCUGAAGGGAGAAGCUUUGAGGCAAGUUUCUUGACAGAACCUCGCUCAGUUGGCUUGAAUAUUGCUUUAAAACCAACUUCUGAGAAGUGGGAAUAUAAAGUUGCCGGUAGUGAGAACUCGCAAGACUGCAGUGAUACAUUUGGCAUUGCAGAAGCUGUAGUCACGUCUUGCUUGUCGUCAUGUUCACUCAAAAGCUUAAAGUACUGUGAAGGUUCAUAUACGGGAUCACUGUCCCCUGUAUAAUUGUAUCAAGCAAGAGGAACUUAAUUUUCUCACAUUAAUGGCUAGUCUAUUUAUAGUAUAUUAAUUCUGAGAUGCUAGGUGUGAUAGGAAUUUGGCAUGCUAUGCGUCUGGUUCAUUUAGCUGUCAAGGAAUCAAGAAAUAAUUCUAUAAAUGUAAGCAUGGACGAAACUUUGGAAUUGAUUGAAGUGGGCAUCAUGGGUUGGUUGAAUGCAAAGGUCCCAGGUUUUGAUCACUCUUUUUGUAAUUGGUGUAAGAUUCCUAUGGAUGGCCUGCUAUAAUUGUUUAUGAUUUUGUGGUUUUGAUAUAGCACCUUCAAAAGAGAAUUCAAUCAAUCAAAAA